AAAACAAACAAACAAACAAAACCCUAGUUCUAAUUGUUCCGAUGGGUGAGAUCGAGAAGAUUUUUCCGCACGACAUCGUCGAACAAAUCCUCUCUAAUCUGCCGGUGAAAUCGCUCUUCCGAUUCAAAUCCGUAUGCAAGUCAUGGAACUCGACAAUCUCCGACCGUAGAUUCGUCGGGCUUCAUAUCGAGCAAUCCCGACGGAGCUCCGGCAACCAAGAUAUCUUCUUUUGGGGCGAAAACUUCUACGAAGACCAGCGUCUGUACUGGUGCAGACACCACCUGGGCUGGGUUUACAGAAGUAACGACAAGGUAGCCGUCACCAAGAAACGGGAUGAAUUUCUAGAGCCGAAGAUCAAAUUCAACGUCGUACGGACAUUGGAUCCGGUCGUUUUGUGCUACUGCGACGGGCUAGCCCUCCGCCGGUUCCCUAGAGUUAACGAGAAAAGGUACGCGCUCUUCAAUCUACUCAUCGGCACUUACAUCGAGUUCACCUGCCCUUAUCCGAUGAGACACGACCCCCACAAGACGGUUUACGGUAUCUGCUUCGACGAGUCGACCAACGACUACAAGGUGGUCAUUAUCGACCGCAUGCACUACGCGGUCUAUCACUGCAUGAGCAGGAGUUGGAGUCCCAUGCAAGAAACGGGAGACGAGUUCCCGUGGCGUAGAAUGAUCCACGGGAAAGGGGUUUCGUUGAACGGGAACCUGUUUUGGGUUCUCAAAACCGAGGAGCUGCCAGAAGACGAGGAUAAAUCGGGGAAUAAAGAAAUAGUGGGUUUCGAUCCUAGGUCCGAAAAGUUGAUCAAAUUGCCGAGGCCGAAAAACACGAAAGCGCCACUGUUAUGGAUGUACUUGACUUUUUUGGAAGGCGAUUUGUGUUUGUGCAUCAACCAAAAUAAUCAUCAGAGGAUCAAAGUUGGCGUAGAAGACGCGUGGAGGGAGUUCGAAGGGGAGCUACCCUUGCCUAAGCAAGGGGAAGAAGAUCUACAAUUGACGCCGCAGUACGAGACUGUAGUCAAGGUAGGUUACUCGACUACUACAACGGGUUACUAUCGACUCCCGUAUCUCGAGAAUCUGUUCUUCAGCGAGCGCGAACAUGCCCUCAAGAAAAAGAAGAAGAAGAAGAACUACAAUUAAAUUAGAGUUUUUGUUAGAAUAGGUUGUGGAAUUUUGGU